GUUUGAGUUCAAUGACCUCACAGAUGCUGUUGGAAUUUACUAACAAUGUGAUUUAGAGAUGUUGGUUUUCAGACUGAUUAAUAAAGUCGAAUUGAGAGACACAUAAUUAGGUAUAUAAUUUCCUGUUGGGUUGUACAACAGGCAGAGGGUACAUUAUCUUUCUCAGUAUUGUAACAUACAAUUGUAUGCAAUCAUUUUGCAUCGCGUGUCUGCAUAUUCAGUGGAUGAAGAAGUAGCGACUAUUCAAUGAACGUUUAUAAUUGCCCUAAACAGUUGAGCGGUUGUAUUGUUCUUGUUAUGUCAACAACAUAUGACGUAACAUGUGAUACAGUCUGAUCCAACAGCUGAUUUUUGGUGAAUGACCUAGUCCGACGACCGGUGUUUUUGUAGGUUGUUUUUGUUAUCGAUUUUGGAAUACAUAAUAGUUUGAAAUGCACUUUGGGCAUUGAUGUGCAAUUAACUGGAAUAGCAUUGUUAUUUAUAUAAUGUUCGCGUUGUAAAUGAAGAAAACAUGAAGAAUAAGAAAAAAAGUGAUCAACAUGAAUGGGAGGAAGAAUUCAAACCUAGUGCUCCAAUAUCCACAGGAACAAUACCAAGAUAUCGAAACAUUCAUCCUCUACUCGAAGCAGAGGACAAAUGCUGUGACAACAUUAAUGAAUGUGUAUACAUGCUGAAAAUGCAGUACAUGGAGCUUUGCCGAAAAUGCAAUUGAAAUUCAUGGCAAAAGUUUUUCUGAAGAUUUGCGUCAAAGAAGAGAAUUAAAUAUCUCUACUGAAUGUCCACUUUUAAUUUAUUGUAUUUACCUUCUUUUCUUUAUAUUCAGUGUGGACAUAUUAGAAUAUUUUAUUUUAUUGGAAAUUGGUGUGGGUGUGAUUAAGUUAUUUGGAAGUGCUACCAAUCCUAUACUAUCCUCCUUUCAUUGUGUGUAUAACUUAAUUUGAGAUUAACCCCAGUGAUAAAUAAAAAUGGGUAAAACCAAUGAUAAAUAAUUUUUACAUAUAAAAUGGAAAUAUACAAUUAUGAAAUACCGAGAAAUAUUAAAGAAAAUGUGAUUCUCUAGGACAUACUUUUUGUUUUCUAAUAUGAGUGUAAUGUCACUUAUUCUGUUUUAUGAUAGAGAUAUUUAUUCUUCCUAUUAAAUCUUCUUGACCCUUAAACAGUGGUUAUUUGUGUCAGUCAUAAGCUCUCAGUAAUAAUUGAGGGGUUUGGUGCAAAAACCUGAUAAGUCCAAGUUUGGUUAAAAAUGAUUUUGAGUAUGCAGAAUACAUAACAGAUCAAUGCGCAUCUUUUGGUGCGAAAACCAGUCAUCUCAAAUUAUGUGAUUGAGAUAAAAUGUAUCUGAAUUACUUGCCAACAAAGAUUGAGGUUGUCUUUAAAGUAAGAAUCAGACUAGACAUGGACUCCUAUUUGAGACAUUGUUGUAAAAAAUGUGACAAUUAAAAAUAAAAGUAAAAUAUAAGAAACUGCAUUAUUGUUAGAGUAUUGCCAAUGAAGUUGGUGAACAAAUCUUGGGAGAUUCUGAAUAAGAAGUUACAGACUAAAAUGAAUACUGUAUAUUACUUUGUACACGUAAUACAGGAGAACUUGGAAUUGAAUAUUUGUCAAUGUAAAAAUGUUUGCUUCGAUAACACAAUAUGAUCCACAUGUGAAAAAUUCUGCAAGAUUUUUGAUAGUUCCUGAUAGAUGUCUAUUUCUUGUUAUAUUUCUCUUCUUCUUUAUAUUACUUAGUCCAUAAUGAUUUACCAAAGAAAUGUGCAAAAUUUUAAACAUUUGGUGAAAAAGCCAGGCAAUUCAAAAUUAUUAUAUAAUUUUUAAUUAUUAAUUUUGAAACCUAAAUCUAAAAUUUUAUGACCGAUAUUCAUAAAUGAAACAUAUAAAAGUUAGAGAAAUCGUUCACUUCAAUUACCU